AUGUGGUUGAUCGAUGUUCUGCUUUUCCUUCUCCUUUUCUCUCGUCAAGUCGACUUGGUCAAAGUAAAAGUCGGUCAUAUUGGAGCCGUGGGCACAAUGCAAAAUGGGGAUAAAAUAUUGGAGAUAUCGAGAAAGGAGUUGAUCAAAGAGGGAAUUCUCGCUGAUGAUUUUGAUGUCGAAAUCGUGACAGCGAUGGGUUGUGGAGAAGCGUUUGAAGGGGUGGCCGUCGGGGCGGAUAUGUAUCACGUGCAGGGUGUCCGGGCUUUCAUUGGUCCCUACUGUAAUGCUGAGUUGGAUGCGGUCGCAAAAAUGGCAACUUUCUGGAAUAUCCCGAUCAUCGGCUAUAUGGCCUCGUCGAAUCAAUUCGCUGAUAAGACAAUCUAUAAAACUUUGGCUCGAGUUUCACUUCGAACGACGAAUUCGCUAGCUGAGUCCGUUUCAGCAAUGCUUAAACAUUAUGGAUGGAAAAAGGUGGCCAUUGUGACAAACACGGGAACGGUGGCUUUUGAGCGAGUGGCUGGUUUCGAGGAAGUUUUCCAUAAAAGACAAAUACAAGUCGUGAAAAAAAUAAUCUUUGACGAGUCGGCAAACUCGAAAAACAUGGCUGAAAGCGGACUGCUAAACGAUUUGCGCAACUCGGCUAGAAUUGUGAUCUGUAUGUUCUCGUCGACACGAGAGCUUUCCCGAGAAUUCAUGCAAGCGACGAUUAUCAAUCAGAUGAAUACGCACGAUUUUGUCUACAUCUUGCCGUGGCUACAGAGUGAAUCAAAGGACGCUUCGCCUUGGAUUGGAGCUGAUGGACAAAUGCUUCAAAAUAUCAAAGAUCACUAUGCAAAUGCGUUGAUUGUGGACGAUGUGAACGGUUUCGACGACACGAUGAUGACUCCAUUCAAGGAAAGAGUCGAGAGCAAUGGGAUGACCACGGAUGAUUUGGAAAUGAAAAACAUCUAUGCUUACAUUCAUUUGUACGAUGCGCUCAAGUUGUACGCGAGCGCGGCACGGAUGGCCUUAAACGAGUCGAGUGAUCCGAAAAGUGUUCAAGAUGGGCGCCUUGUUUGGCAAAAAAUGAGACGAAUGACUUUUCCAGGUCUAAUGAGCUCUGCGGGUGUCUCGUCGGGUACCGUACUUAUGGAUGAUCUCGGUGAGAGAGCGCCUAGAUACGCUGCUUUUUUCGUCGCCCCAAAUCGUGAUACGGUGAUUAAAGUGCUAGAGAUGGAGCCGAGAUUUAUCGCCGCUUGUGAUGGCUUCAAGACAAGAUCUGGAUGCUAUGAUUUGACGAUGAGCGACUUGGUGACUGGCUUUUGGCCGUCAGCUGACGGGAAACUCCCGCUAGAUGAACCGAUUUGUGGAUAUCGAAAUGAAAGGUGUGACUACACUUUUCUCAUUCUUGGAGGCACGUUUGUGAUGCUCGUUUUGGCGGCGACAAUUGCUGGCGCUAUUUUGGUCAGAGUUUGUCAAAAUCAAGCUCUCGCUAGAACACCGUGGCGACUUUAUCGGGACGAUUUUCGGAUUGUAAACGAAGAAGAAAUGAAAUCAAUGCUUUCGAUUGGAUCGACAAAAACAAAACUCUCAAAUAUGUCGACUUUUGCAAAGCAUCAUGCGAUUGUUGGGACAAACACCCAUGCGUCAUUUCAUUUGUAUCCACAACGGAGACCGAUCACUUUCACAAGACAAGAUCAACUUUUGUUGACAAUGAUGAAACAAGCUGUUCAUGAUAACAUCAACCCAUUCCUCGGUAUGUCAUUCAACGAAAAAGAGGAAAUGGUCAUUUUGUGGAAAUUCUGUUCUCGAGGAACGAUUCAGGAUAUAAUUUACAACGAUGACGUGUCAAUGGAUUCGAAAUUUCACGCAGCUUUCAUCCGAGAUAUCACUCUGGGACUUGAAUACCUUCAUGCAUCGGUGAUUGGAUAUCAUGGAUCGCUCACCCCGUGGUCGUGCCUGAUUGAUAGAAAUUGGAUGGUGAAAUUGACGGAUUACGGCAUCGCCAAUGCGUUAGAGCGUUGGGACAAACAAGGAGCGAUCGCGACAGAAACACUCAAAGAGGGAUCUGACAAAAGUGGAGCCAUACAGAGAACAAGUGUGCUCUACAAUCCGCCCGAAAUGCUCCGAAAUCAAGAAGUGAAUCGGCGACGAGGCAUGGAUCAGAAUUGGCUUAAACAGUCGACGCUGAGAAGACAAUCCUCUGAUAUCUAUGCUUUUGGAAUGGUGAUGUAUGAGAUUUUGUAUAGAAGUCUCCCGUUUCCACAAGAAACCAAUGUCCAAGAACUCUGCGAUUUCGUGCGUGAUGGCUCGAAAUCGUACAAACCGAGCAUUCAAGAUAAACAAGAAAUCCAUCCGGAUCUUUGUGCUCUUUUACAGGAUUGCUGGAGUGAGAACCCGGAAGUGCGACCGUCAAUUCGUCGCGUUCGCCUCAACACGGAAAUCUAUUUGAAAGUAAAAGGCUCUCUAGUCGAUCAAAUGAUGCGAAUGAUGGAACAGUAUGCGAACAAUCUCGAGAAGCUGGUCAAAGAGCGAACGGGGAUGUUGGAAGAAGCGAACAAAAGAGCCGAUCGUUUACUUUCUCAGCUUUUGCCCAAAUAUGUGGCCAGUGAAUUGAAAUUGGGACGCGGUGUGGCGCCAAAGCUUUUCAACUCGGCUACGGUGAUGUUCAGUGACAUUGUCGGUUUUACGACAAUCUGCUCGAGUUCGACUCCGUUGGAGGUGGUGAACAUGUUGAAUGGAUUGUAUUCGGGAUUCGACGAUGUUAUCAAUAAACACGAAGCGUAUAAGGUGGAAACAAUCGGUGACGCGUACAUGGUUGUCUCGGGGAUCCCGGAGGAGAACGGGAAUCGUCAUAUUGCUUUGAUUGCUGACACUGGACUCGAAAUGAUGGAUAUGUUGCGCAGCUAUGAGGUGCCCCAUCGAAAGAACCAGCGAAUCCGGAUUCGUUUGGGCAUUCACUCUGGACCAGUGGCUGCUGGAGUAGUCGGCUUGACCGCGCCUCGAUAUUGUCUAUUCGGAGAUACGGUAAACAUGGCAUCUCGAAUGGAAAGCACCGGAAUGCCGGAGAUGAUACAAAUCUCUGAGAUCUCUCAAGAGCUUCUGAAGAAGUACUAUCCCGAGUACAAUUGCACAUUGAGGGGAACCGUCGAGAUAAAGGGUAAAGGCGCUUGUACAACGUAUUGGUUGGAAGGGCAACGCGUCACCGAUUCGGGCAAAGACAACGCUCAAAUGAAAAAACAAAUGCAUGAGUUGGGAUAU